CACUUCCGGCUGCAUGGAACCAAUGAAAGCGCGGCCGCGGUGUUCCCUACGCUGGCUUCCGGGCCGAGGUUGUCUGCUGGAGGACUGGGUCCGUUUGGCCUUCAGGGCCUGACAAUGGUGUCAGAGGUUUCCACUUAGAUCAACAACUCCAACUUCUGACCAUGGACACAUCCGAGAAGACAGAAGUGGUUCUCCUGGCCUGCGGUUCUUUUAAUCCAAUUACCAACAUGCACCUCAGACUCUUUGAGCUGGCCAAGGACUACGUGAAUGCAACAGGAAAAUACAGAGUUAUCAAAGGUAUAAUUUCACCUGUUGGCGAUGCGUACAAGAAGAAAGGCCUCAUCCCUGCCCACCACCGGAUUAUCAUGGCAGAACUUGCCACCAAGAAUUCCCACUGGGUGGAAGUGGACACGUGGGAAAGUCUUCAGAAGGAGUGGGUGGAGACUGUGAAGGUGCUCAGACACCAUCAGGAGAAGCUGGCAGCUGGCAGCUGUGAUCACCCACAAAGCUCUCCUGUGCUGGACAGGCCUGGGCGGAAGAGGAAGUGGGCUGAACAAAAGCAGGAUUCUAGUCCAAAGAAGCCCCAAGAGCCCAAACCAACAGGUGUGCCCAGGGUGAAAUUGCUGUGUGGGGCAGAUUUACUGGAGUCCUUCAGUGUCCCCAACUUGUGGAAGAUAGAGGACAUCACGCAAAUUGUGGCCAACUACGGGCUCAUAUGUAUCACUCGGACUGGCAGUGAUGCUCAGAAAUUCAUCUACGAGUCCGAUGUGCUGUGGAGACAUCAGAGCAACAUCCACCUGGUGGAUGAAUGGAUCACCAACGACAUCUCAUCCACCAAGAUCCGGAGAGCUCUCAGAAGGGGCCAGAGCAUCCGAUACUUGGUACCGGACCUUGUCCAAGAGUACAUUGAAAAGCAUGAUUUGUACAGCUCUGAGAGUGAAGACAGGAAUGUUGGGGUCAUUCUGGCUCCUCUGCAGAGGAACAUCGCUGAGGCUAAGCACAAUUCCACAGCAUGAUUCUAUGCAUGACAUCAGAUGCCUUUGUGGAAAUUCAAAAUGACCCAGUGUUAGUAGCUCAGGGAAGGAAUCGCCAUCCUGUUUCAUAAACUGAAGUUUAAAGGUUUGAUUAAAAACCAACAGGAAAUUAAGAUCAGUUGCUAAGAUGAAUGUUUUAAAUAAGGCCAUUAAAAAAAAGAGUAAAUCCAUUCAAAAUCUCCCCUUUAGAGGCUGGAGAGGUUAAGACACUCAGUGCUCUUCCAGGGGACACAGAUUCAGUUCCCAGCACCCACAUGGCAGUUCACAAUGGUCUGUAACUUCAGUUUCAGGGGAUCUGAUGCCCUCUCUGGUCUCUGAGCACUCCAGGCACAUGCAUGCUACAUAGACAUACACGCAGGAAAAUACCCACACACAGAAGGAAGAACAGUCUUACUUUAGUCAGGUCAGUGAUGCACACCUGUAACCCCCACUGCUCCAGGAGCUAAGGCAGGAGAAUCGCUUUGACCCCAGGAGAACUAAAGUGCUGUUUGGGCUUGCUGCCAGCCAUCUUUAUCCAGGAUAGACGAAGGAAUUCUUUAAACCAUGACCUUGGCUGGGGAUGUAGCUCAGUUGGUAGAGCACUUGACCAACAAGUCUGAGGCCCUGGGUUAAAAUACCACGUAACUGGGCACAGCAGUACACACCUGUACUCCAACUACUUGGAGGACGGAAGCAGAAGGAUCAAAAGUUCAGCAUCAUUCUUGACAACCAGCAAGUGUGAGACCAUCAAGGGAUGCUGGAGACCUGUCCCUAACUAAAUGAAAUAAGUGAUCCUGUAAAAUGCACCAGUAACCAGUGGUCCUCCAGCUUUGCAAAAUGAAAGUAGUGGGCACACCUGGAAGAAGUCAGAACAUACAGCAGUUCUCACUGCUCCACAUCAGCAUGGCUGAUCAAUGGUGGAAUGGCUCAGCGGACACAGGUACCUGCUGCCAAGUCUUGCACCCUCAGUUCAAGCCCCAGGACCCACGUAGUAGCUAGGGAGAACCCAUUCCCAGAAGGUCGCUGACCUCCACAUGAGAUAAAGAGAAUAGCUGGUAAAGCUUUGCCCAGGUGUAGCUGCUCGAUGCCCACCUUUGGAGGCAGGGGGUGGGCCAGGCUCUGCCUUGAGUGGUUUCUCAGCAAAGCUUUGUUGCUGACCCAUCAUCAUCUUUGUAACUUUGGGGACAACUGCAAAGAUAAUGUCACAGUGCCUCUGAGAAAACCACAGAGAGCAGGGCAGUAAUGGCACACACCUUUAGUCCCAGCACUAGGGAGGCUAUAGAGAAAUCCUGUCUCAAAAAACAAACAAACAAAUAAAUAAAUAAAGGUGAAGAACGUUCAUACUUUUAACCAUU